AUGGCCAAGUCAAAGGACAAGCAAACGACCAAGUCGAAGGCGCCGAAGCCAGCCAUCACCGUGACCAAGUCCGCGUUUGACCCCACGUUGAGUUCGCUGUUUGCGAGCAGUCUGGGUCCCGUGCAAGCGCCUCCCAAGCAGAGAUAUGGCCAGCAGGUAGAGAAGCGCGCAAAGGCGCCUGUGGAGGAGCCAAGCGAAGAAGAGGAAGAGGACAGCCAAGACGAGGAUGAAGACGAGGAUGAAGACGAGGAUGAAGACGAGGAUGAGGACGAGAAGGAUUCCAGCGACGAUGAAUCCUCCGAAGAUUCCUCUGAAGAAUCCGACAACGCGGCCGAACUGGCCAAGCUGCGCGAGGCGGCACUGGCUGGCGAGCACGACAAGCCCAGCAAGAAGCGCAAGCGGGGCGGUCAGGAGGAGAUUGAGGACAAAUUCAUGCGCAAGUUGGCGCGCGAGGAGGAGAAGGAGGAGGAAGAGAGGCAGAAGAAGCGCAAGACAAAGGUGGCAGCGACCAAGGACGAGGACGAGGACGAGGACAUGGAGGACGCAUCAGCAGCAUCCUCAGCAUCAGAGGCACCAGACGCCGCAGAGGGGCAAGGAGACCAGCUCGAGAUUCCCAAACACGAGUCGCUCGCUACGACCGACAGCAAAAACGACGAGGAACUCGAAAAGGCCGGUCGCACAGUGUUCCUCAGCAACGUAUCGGUCGAGUGCAUCAACUCCAAGUCGGCCGAGAAGGCGCUCAAGAAGCACCUUGAAUCCUUCAUCGCCGACUUGGCCGACAACAAGCCUCCCCACAAAAUCGAGUCGAUUCGCUUUCGUUCUACAGCCUUCUCCAGCUCCCUGCCCAAGCGCGCCGCCUUUGCAAAGAAGGAGAUCAUGGACGCCACGACCAAAUCUACAAACGCCUACGCCGUCUACACCACCCAGACGGCGGCCCGCGAAGCCACCAAGCGCCUGAACGGCUCGGUCCUGCUCCAUCGCCACUUGCACGUCGACUGGCUGGCUCACCCGACCAAGGUCGACAACCGACGCUGCGUCUUCGUCGGCAACCUCCCCUUUGUCGACGACGAGAGCAAAGGGGUGGAGCCCGAGGAAGGUAAGAAGAAGAAGACGCCCGCCGACAUGGAAGAGGGUCUUUGGCAGCAGUUCGGCAAGUGCGGCCAGAUUGAGAACGUGCGUGUCAUUCGCGAUGCACAGACGCGCAUCGGCAAGGGCUUCGCCUACGUGCAGUUCACCGACGAGAACGGGGUGGAGGCGGCGCUCCAGCUCAACGAGAAGAAGUUCCCGCCCAUGCUUCCCCGUGUCCUCCGCGUGACGAGAUGCAGGGCCGAGAAGAAAAAGAACAAGCCUCGCGGCCCUGCGCCGUCCUCGGAGCGAGCGGGCAACAAGGGCGCGUACCAGAAGAAGUUCUCUGCGGAAGAAAAGUCUCAGCAAGGUCGGGCAAAAGCCAUGCUGGGCAAGGGCGGUGCGGCCAAGGUGCGAGAAAGCUUCACCUUUGAGGGCCACCGCGCGACCGAGGGGCAGGGCAAGAGUGGGUUGAAGUUCAAGGGAGCCAACAAGAACAAGAAGGGGCCGAACGGGAGGAAGAGCAGGAGCUCGGCGUGGAAGUCUGGGGCGAAGAAGUAG